AUGUCCUCAUCUAUCCUUCUCAUUCACACGCAUACCAUAGCCAUCGCCUAUCUCGUAUUUACGUUCUCUCAUAACGAAACACUCGUCCUAGGUGCUCGGCAGUUACGGGCUGCUUGCUAUUCAUCUUGUGUUGUCAUGUGUGCCUUGACGCAUUAG